UCCAACCUCCACUUCAAUCGUCGAGACGCAAUAGCCGCCCAUGGCUCCUAUAUACGAGCGAGAGCCCCCUAGGUUGGGACUCCUAGAUUUCUCCAAAGAGCUAGGAAAGAAUGGCUACGGAUUAUGACCUUAUCAUCGUCAAUGGCGUCGUGGUGUCGGAUACAGAGAUUGGAGAGUACGAUAUCGCUGUUAGGGACGAGAAGAUCGCGAAAGUAGUGUCAAGAGGAGGCCUGAACGAUGCGAAAGCUGCGAAGAUGAUUGAUGCAGAGGGCGGCUACGUGAUGCCGGGAGGUGUAGACGCACAUGUCCAUCUCCAGGAACCCCCAUUAUUCGGCAAAGGAUCAACAGCAGACAAUUACGAGUCCGGUAGCCGAUCCGCAGUAUGCGGUGGCACGACCACCAUGGUAACAUUUGCGCCUCAGAAAAAGAGUGAAGACACUCUCCUGGACACUCUAUAUGCCACUCAUGAAAAAGCAAAGGACAACUGUUACAUCGACUACUCGUUUCAUCUCCUCGUUGGUAAUCCCUCCGCAAAGGCGCUAUCAGAGUUCAAGACUCUCCGCAAAGAGGGUGUCUCAUCCCUGAAAAUUUACAUGACCUACCAAGCGCUUCAACUGCAUGACGGCGAGAUUCUUGACGUCCUGCUAGAAGCCAGAAAGCAGCAGAUCACGACAAUGGUGCACGCCGAGAACGGCCAGGUAAUAGACUGGAUGACUGCGCAGCUUGAGAAACGCAAACUCUUCGCUCCGAAAUAUCACGGAACUUCACAUCCGUCUAUGGCUGAAACCGAAGCCACCUACCGCGCCAUCUGCCUCUCCGAGUUUAUGGACAGCCCUAUUCUGAUCGUGCACGUCUCCACUCCCGCCGCAGCAGCACACAUCAAAUCCGCCCAAGACCGCGGCAUCCCCAUCUACGCCGAAACCUGUCCACAGUACCUCUUCCUCACGAAGGCCGAUCUAGACCAGCCCGGAUUCGAGGGCGCGAAAUGCGUAUGCAGUCCGCCACCCCGCGAAAGCGAAGCAGACUGCGACGUCAUCUGGGACGGCCUCGCAAACGGCACCUUCACCAUCCUGUCCUCGGACCACUGCCCGUUCCGCUUCGACGACAAUGUCAUCGGAAAGAAGUCAAGUAUCAACGACGAAUACCCGCUUGGCCACUUCAAAUACAUCCCCAACGGCAUCGCAGGCAUCGAAACGCGUCUUGCGCUCACACUUUCCGCCAAUCGCCUCGACCUAAAGAGAUUCGUCGAAGUAACGUGCUCUAACCCGGCGAAACUGUACGGUCUGUACCCGCUCAAGGGCGCGCUUGUUGAGGGACAGUCCGAUGCGGAUAUCAAUAUCUGGUAUCCGCCGGGCAAGAUGCAAGAGUUUGAGCUGAAGAACGAGAUGCUGCAUCAUGAUGUGGAUUACACGCCUUUCGAGGGCCGGAAGCUGAAGCAGUGGCCGCGGUAUACGAUCCUGCGAGGACAGGUGGUGUGGGAUAAGGAGAAUGGUGGAUUGCUUGGGAAGAAGGGGUAUGGCAAGUUCAUCAAGAGGGAAGCGAGUUCGUUGGCGAAACCCAGACGUGUUGGUGAGUGGGACAUACAUCCAGAUGGUUCUUUUGGUAUCUAUUGAGAAUUCGGGUUGCUGUGUUGCUUCAUUUUAUCCAAUAUACAGGUCAUCUCUUUACAGCCACGGCGAGCUCGGUUUCGCCGUCGUCAACGCUAUCAUCUCAACGUCGAAUAUCUAAGCCUAGAAUUGCGCUCAAACGACAAAGACGGGGGAAUCGCGCGGUUAAAGAGCUUGGAGCCA